CAAACCAACCGGCGGUCACUCCGCGCGCUGCUACGUACUGUACAUACGUUCACGGAGCUAGCGUACACAUGGGCAACGCCGUGCCGCGCAGCAUGCGCCACGAGGCCACGCCCAAAGCCACGGCGGCCGGGGACUCGCGCUCCGGGGCGACGCCGGCCGUACCAUCGGGACGUGUGUUCUCGGCGGCACGCAGGCAUGGCGGGAAGGUAGCGCGGGCCGCCGGGGGUCGACGCGGGGCCGAGGAUCAGCAGGUGGGAGGCGGCGGCCACGGAUCCACCGUGGUGAUGACGGUGAAGGUGGUGGUGACGAGGAAGGAAGCGGAGAAGCUGAUCGCGCGGCUGGAGGAGCAGAGCGCGAGGGAGCGCAAGGCGAGGAUCGCCGAGCUCACGGGCCAGCUCAGGGCGGGGGACGGCGGCGGCGGGAGGAGCCCGGCAACGUGCGGGGCGGUGCGGAAGCCGAGGCUCGCCGCGAUACAGGAGAGCUAGCUCCGCGUAUAUGCAUGUCGACCUAGUCCUCCGCAGUAGCCACUGGUGGAUGUGUCCGUAGUUUACGAGUUUUAGUACGUAGACAGUGCCUUAACCGCUGGUCACUCGCCACUCGCCCAUGUACUUUGUUCAGGUAACGUAGUUGCAAGAGGUGGCACGCAUGGCAAGUACCAAAUACUAUGAGUGAUGAUUGAAAAAAUAUGAAUGAUGACUGA